GGUUAUACGUUCAAUUCCAUUGUGGCGCUCGCACGUCAAUUAUUGUAUUUAGUUUUCUCGCACGUCAGCGCUGUAGCGCAGAGGUUCUCACGCAGCUUCAUUGUGGAUUAGUUGGAACCGCCUUUUCCUCCGCUAAGGUUCGCUCGAAUUGCAGCCUUUUGUCUUUGCUUUUAACGUUGUUUGUUGCUGGCUGGGACGGCGCACGUUGCUCAUCAGGAGGUGUGGACCACGAAACUUUCGGCCUCCUUCUUCCCUACGUGAAUUUUUGUUUUUUUUCCUCUCUUCCUUGUUUGUCGUUUUAUUCAGUAUUUACGCCGCUGCGAGCCUCACUCGCCGGCUCUUGUUCUUCGUUUCAUCGCAGCGUCUCCGCCAACCUGUGGAGCAUCAGCGACCGCGCUCUCUCUCUCUCGUGCAAUUGGUGACAGCAAAAAACAACAUCAAAAGAGGGCGAAAGAGUAGAAUGGAGAAGCACGAUCGGAAGUGGUCCGCGAUGGACCGCCUGCGCGACGUCGCCACCGUCUCCGACCUGCCGGCCAUCAUAAAGAUCGUCAUGAAGAACAAGGUGAACAUCAGAGCCCCAGACGCGCAGGGUCGGACAGCGUUGCACCACGCGUGCUUGCACAACGACCGCGUCUUGGUCUCCUACCUCCUCUCUCGCGGCGACAUCGAUGAGGAGUUGAAAGACAAGGACGGCCACACCGCCCUGGAGCUGGUGCCAGAGGAGGCCCGUACCGAAAUGCGGCUGCUCUUCUCCAAGAAGACCGCUAACCGGCAGACGCGUGAGUCGAAGCAAGCAACGAAGGGCCAGGAGGCGAACGAGGAGAUGUUGGAGUUGGAUCUGCGCGAGUCUGACCAGGUCAGCCCCGCCACGAUGCGUAAGAUCCUGUUUUCGCUGGUGCUGCCGCUGCUGGUUCUCAUCUUCUACAACGGCCUCGUCUUUGCGGUGCAGUUUAUUGUGGUGACGCUGAGUUUCUACUACGUUGCGGUGGCCUACUUUGUGUCGGAGGUGGCGAUUCGCCCGCCGUGGUACCACCACCACCCCGGCGCCACGAAGCUGACGAUGGUGAACUGCCCGGAUUACUGGCAGGGCUGGAUUACCGACCCAAAGACGGACUUCGGCCUCGUCUACGAAGACGUCCAGUUUGGCUCCACCGACGGCUACAAGCUGAGUGGGUGGUACGUGCCGCCGCCCAGCACAAAUGCUCGAGAGAUGGGCAUCGUCUGCGUGCACGGCGGCGGCCGCGACCGUCGCACGUGGGAGCGCCACCUCCCGUUUCUCCACGCCGCUGGCUACGGCUGCCUCAUGUUCGACUUCCGCGAAGCCGGGCUGAGCAGCGGCAAGAUGCGCGGCUUCACCUUUGGGAUGAAGGAGCGCUUCGACGUCGUCGCGGCGUGCGAUUUCAUGCAGUCGAGGUACGGGUACAAGCGCAUCUGUGCGAUGGGCACGUCUGUCGGUGGCUCCUCGGUGAUCAUGGCGGCGGCGAUCGAUAAGCACAUCGACGUCGUCAUUGCGGAGAACGCCAUCACGACCAGCGCGACGUUGCUGGAUCAGCAGAUGGUGAUGAUGCUCGGUGGCUACUUUGCGCAGAAGGCCUACAGCAAACUUCUCUUCAAGCUCUUCCGCCGCUGUGCCACAUUUUGGCUGAACUGGCGGAUUGGCAACAAGCCGUCGAAGCACUGCCAGGCACUGCACUGCAUCGCGAAGAUCUCACCCCGGCCGAUACUGCUGAUGCACGGCACGAGUGACACGAUCGUGCCGAUAAAGCACACGGAGAUCCUCUUUGAGACCGCGCUGGAGCCGAAAGAAUUGUACAUCAGCGAAGGCGCCUACCACUGUGGGUUGUACAACACGCACCCGGAGGAAUACGAGGCGACGGUGCUCGGCUUUUUGGAGAAGUACGGCGCGUCGUCCCCCGAGCCGAAAAACGAAGAGAACGCAGAAGAAAAGAAGGUCCAGUGA